AUGCGGAGUCACGGCCUCGUUCCUGGUCUGCCUCUCUGGAACCGGCUUCUUCAUCAUUUCAGUCUCGGUUUGGCUUCUCAGGUAUCCCUCCUUUACUCUGAGAUGCUCUCCUGUGGGGUUGUGCCUACUGUUUUCACCCAAAACAUAUUGAUUCAUUCUCUCUGCAAAGUUGGGAACUUGAGUUUGGCACUGCAUUUGUUAAGAUAUACUCAAAUUGUUGAUACUGUUUCGUAUAAUACUCUCGUUUGGGGAUUCUCCCAGCAUGGAUGCCCUUAUCAAGCUUUUGGGUUGUUGUCUCAAAUGGUGCAGAGGGCUAUAUGCAUAGAUUCCUAUACCAGCAAUUGACUAGUUAAUGGGUUUUGCCGGGCUGACUUUGCAUACUCCACUGAAUGGGUUAUGGAUAAUCUUGUCCGUGGUGGAAUUACUCCGGAUGUUGUAGGUUUUAAUACCUUGAUUGCUGGAUAUUGCAAAGCUGGUUGGUUAGCCGUGCACUUAAUUGAGAGAAUGGAGAGGGAUGGUCUUGCUCCUGAUACUGUUACUUAUAAUACUCUUGUUCAUGGAUUUUGUAAUGUGGGGGAACUUGAAAAGGCCAAGAGUACUGUACAUAACAUUUUUGGGAUCUCAGGUAAUGAAUCUGGGACUGGCAGUAUGAAUCUUACGCCAAAUGUUAUAACUCUAACCACUCUCAUUAGUGCUUACAGUAAGCAACAAGGACUUGAAGAGGCUCUUUCUCUGUAUGAGGAAAUGGUCAUGAAUGGCAUUUUCCCGGAUUUCAUUACUUGUAGCUCCAUUAUAUACGGUCUUUGCAAGCAUGGAAGGCUCUCAGAAGCCAAAGUGCUCUUAAGGGAGAUAGAGAAUAUGGGUGUAUAUCCUAAUAAUAACUCCUACACCACCCUUGUGGACUUUUUGUUUAAGGCAGGCUCUCCCAGGGAAGCUCUUAUCCUUGAAAGCCAAAUGGUAGUUCGUGGCCUGGUUUUUGAUUUAGUAAAUUGCACAGCUUUAAUGACCGGACUCUUUAGGGUUGGAAAAGUCGAUGAGGCGAAGGACCUGUUUCAAACAAUUUCAAAGCUCAGCUUAGUUCCAAUCUGUAUCACUUACUCUGCUUUGAUUAAUGGGUAUUGCAAUUCAGGAGACAUGGGUAGUGCAGAAGCAAUGCUCAGAGAAAUGGAAGAUAAACAUGUUUCUCCGAAUAUUAUCACUUCUUCUUCUCUCAUAAAGGGUUACAUGAAGAAAGGAAUGAUUGCUGAUGCUCUUGGUUUAUUGAGGAAGAUGGUGGAGAAAAAUGUGUUGCCAAAUGUUUUCGUGUAUGCAAUACUAAUUGACGGGUUAUUUAAGGCAGGUAAACAAGAAUUUGCCCUUGAUCUUUACUAUGAAAUGAAAACUAGAGGAUUGUUGGACAACAAUUUCACUUUUGAUGCUUUGGUGAACAACAUGAAAAAGUGCGGAAGAAUGGAAGAAGCUGAGGGAUUAAUAAUAAAUACGACUUCUGAGGGUUUGAUUCUUGACCGCGUUAUCUACACAUCUCUGGUGGAUGGUUUCUUUAAAGCGGGAAAAGAGUCAAUCGCUCUUAACUUGUUCCAAGAAAUGGCAGAAAAAGAUGUGGGGUUUGAUGUUGUUUCAUACAAUGUCUUGAUAAAUGGUCUGUUGCGGCUUGGGAAAUAUGAAGUAAAACCUGUCUAUUCUGGAAUGAGAGAAUUGGGAGUGGCUCCUGACUAUGUCACGUACAAUACCCUCAUUAUUGCGUCCUGCAGAGGGGGUGACCCUGAAAAUGCUUAUGAACUCUGGAAUGAGAUGAAGGGUCAAGGGUUAAUUUUAAAUUCAUUCAUUUGUAACAUUCUGAUUGGUGGGCUUUGUAAAAAAGGUAAGAUGGACAAAGCAAUGGAUUUGUUAAAUGAAAUGGUGGCUGUGGGUUCUCUCCCCACCUCAGUUACUCAUAGGCUUCUGCUUGAUGCUUUUUCAAAGAGUAGAAGAGCUGAUGCAAUUUUGGAAAUGCAUCAGAAGCUUGUAGGUAUGGGGCUUGACCUCAAUAAUGAUGUUUAUAAUAAUCUCAUUACUGUCUUAUGUAGGCUAGGAAUGACCAGGAAGGCCACUUCAGUAUAAGAAGAGAUGACUGGAAGAGGACUGUUAGCAGAUACUGUUACUUACAAUGUCCUUAUGCGUGGAUAUUAUAACUGUAUAAGCAGCCACCUGAAAAGGGCUUUUGCUACACACUCAAAGAUGCUGGCUGAGGGAGUUUCUCCAAAUAUUGAAACGUACAAUAUUCUUUUAAUUGUCCUUUCAGGUGGUGGUUUGAUGACAAAGGCAGAUGAGUUAUUUAGUGAAAUGAAUAGAGGCUUUCUUCCUAAUGCUUCCACAUAUAAUAUAUUGGUGUCUGGCUAUGGUAAGAUUGGAAAUAAGAAGGAAGCCAUAAGGCGUUAUUGUGAAAUGGUAAACAGAGGUUUCGUUCCCAAUACUGGCACCUACAAUGUGCUUAUUACUGAUUUUGCUAAGGUGGGAAAGAAGAGCGAAGCUAGGGAGCUUAUGAAUGAGAUGCAGGCAAGGGGUGCCUGUCCUAAUUCUUCAACGUACAAUUUAAUCUCUGGCUGGUGUAACCUAUCAAAGCAAUCAGAGGUGGAGAAGAAGUUGCGAAAAUCAUACCGAGGAGCAAAGAGAUUAUUAACCGAGAUGAAUGAGAAAGGGUUUGUUCCAGGUGGCAGUACUCUUUUAUCUAUCAGUUCUACCUUUGCUAAACCAGGAAAGAAGGGUGAUGCUCAGAGGCUAUUAAAGGAACUGUACAUCAGCAAGAACAUAUGAGAGAUCGUCAUGGCUUAGCUGGUAUCCGGGUGCU